AUGGUCGAGAUCAAUGGCCCCGAUGGCCAGAGAAAGACGGUCAACCUAGCCGAGCUCAACGAAGCCGAUGCGCAACUCGCCGCACAGUUUGGAUACAACCCGGUCUUCAAAAGAGAAUUCGGCUAUCUAUCAACCUUUUCCUUCGCCGUCAGUAUCAGUGGUCUGUUCGCCACGAUUAUGACCACCUUCUCUUAUCCUCUGUACGCAGGAGGCUCGGCAGCAGCCGUGUGGUGCUGGUUGAUCUCCGGUGCGGGUUGCAUGUGCAUUGCUUGUUCAGUUGCCGAAUUGGUCUCUGCCUAUCCCACAUCCGGAGGCUUAUACUUCACAAUUUCCCGACUUGCACCGCAAGACUGGGUCCCGGCAUUGAGCUGGGUCACCGGCUGGAUCAAUCUCCUCGGCCAGAUUGCUGGAGUUGCCUCGUCUGAAUAUGGUGCUGCACAAAUGCUCCUCGCCGCUGUGUCCAUAGGAUCCGACUUCAACUAUGCAAUUACCACGAAUACUACCAUUGGCGUGAUGGCAGCUCUGACUGUCUUGACCGGACUUGUGAACUCAUUGUCCACCUACUGGAUGGAGAAGAUGACCAAAACCUAUGUCAUUUUCCAUGUGCUCGUCCUUGUUUCGUGCGCCAUUGCACUCCUGGCCAAAACUGAUAACAAACAUGACGCCAAAUAUGUCUUCACAGAUGUCAACUCCACCUCGGGAUGGACUCCUGUUGGGUUCAGCUUUUUGUUUGGAUUCUUGUCCGUCUCAUGGACAAUGACGGAUUACGAUGCAACUGCUCACAUUACCGAAGAAAUCUCCGAGCCCGAGGUCAAGGCACCAUGGGCAAUCUCAUUGGCAAUGCUCUUCACUUACCUUGCUGGAUUCCUCUUCAACAUCGUCUUGUGUUUCUGCAUGGGCGACCCGUCCGAUAUUCUUGCCAGUUCGCUUGACCAGCCAGUCGCCCAACUUUUCUACAACAGCCUCGGAAAGUCCGGUGGAAUCUUUUACACUGUGUGCGGUUUCCUCAUCAUCAAGUUUGUCUGCUUUACAGCUAUGCAAUCUCUAGGACGAACCGUUUUCGCCUUCUCUCGUGAUCGCUUAAUCCCAUUUUCCAACGUUUGGACCAAGAUUAACCCCUUGACUGGUACUCCUCUCUACGCCGUGUGGAUUUCCGUCUUCUGGUGUAUUGCCAUCAAUUUGAUCGGUCUCGGAUCAUAUGCGGCCAUUUCUGGUGUUUUCAACGUGUGUGCUAUUGCUCUGGAUUGGAGUUACUGCAUUCCCAUCUUCUGCAAGAUUGUUUUUGGGAAGUUUGAACGCGGUCCAUGGCACAUGGGAAAAUUCAGCGUCUUCGUCAAUAGUUGGGCGUGUCUCUGGACCUUUUUCGUCAGCAUCAUCUUCAUCCUGCCAACUGGUCGUCCCGUGACUGCUACUACUAUGAACUACGCCUCUGCAUUCCUUGUUCUCAUUCUGGGGGCUGCUGCCAUAUUCUGGUACAUCAGUGGACGAAAAUACUACACCGGUCCCAUCGUUGAGGCUCAGGCAGAAGAUGAGCGCUCCGAGAACGAGACCCCGACGAUGUCUGGCAAAGAAAAAGACGAUGUUGUCUAA